CAGACUGCGCGACAGUUGUUGUAGUCCUCACGGAGGCGGAAGCUCUAACGCUGGACGCAGCUCUGCAUUUAUCUCUGGACUCUACGGAACGAGCGCAGUCUGCUUGUUUAUGAUCGAACUGACGCUCUAGAUAUGAACUUUCAUCAAAAUGUAACAUGGCGAUGCUUAAUUAGCUGUUACAAGUACGGUUGCUCGUUAGCCUAGCUUAGAUUAGCCUCCUAGCUAAGCAGCAUUGCUAAACACAGUUUUGAAAGUUAUGUGUGACAUCACAAAGGACGUCUGCGGCAGGAGCUCCUAGCAGCCGGUGUGACUACAGGGUGUCGUUCAUGUGUUGCUGUGGUAAACUGGUUAAAUAGGGUUUCUCCGACACUGGGACUGUCUCCGAAGCGUUUCCAACAUGUUGAACAUCCCGACCCAGUCCUUCCCUGCGCCGAGCUCCCAGCAGCGGGUCUCAGCCGCCGGUCAGUCCGGGAGGAGCAAGGUGGCAUUAAAGCCCGGCCACAGUCUCAUGGACUGGAUCCGGUUUGCCAAGAGUGGGAAAGAUCUGACCGGGCUCCGAGGACGUCUGAUUGAAGUUACCCAGGAAGAGCUUCUGAAACACAACACGAGAAACGACUGCUGGACGUGCAUACGAGGUAUGGUGUACAACAUCACCCCCUACAUGGACUACCACCCUGGUGGAGAAGAGGAGCUUAUGAAGGCAGCUGGGAUCGAUGGCACCGACCUCUUUGAUCAGGUCCAUCGUUGGGUGAAUUAUGAGUCCAUGCUGAAAGAGUGCCUGGUGGGCAGGAUGGCCACUAAAACAACAACUGCAAUUAAAGCUAUCAUCCCUCCUCCACCACUGACUGGCCUCGCCCCACCUAUAUCAGUGGCCCCUCCCCCUGACAAAGACUCCCGACCUCGGUACGACUGGUUCCAAACUGACACAACUGUUCAUCUAGUCAUUUAUGCCAAAAGAAAGAUCCCCAGCUCAGGCUGCACUACUGUUGACCUCAAGGCGGCUGUUCUACGACUGGAAGUACUGCUGGGCAAAAUGUCCUACAUAAUACAUUUACGUCUCACUGAUGAAGUAGAGGAAAAUGCGUCUGUCCACACUGCUUUCUCAGUGGGAAAGAUCCAGGUCACGUUACGUAAACAGGCUAAAGGAAAAUGGACAAGUCUCGGUCAAUCACUUGAAUUCCACAACUCAUUUCUAUACAAAAAAGACAGAGCUCCCUUCUAUCGGGAUUGUGUGUUGGUGUCUAAAACUGAGGUGAACCACAACACCCAUGUGUUCAGACUGCAACUCCCACGUGGGACUGUCAUGCAUGUGCCUGUUGGAAAACAUGUCUACCUCAAAGCCCUCAUUCAAGACAGCGAGGUGGUGAGGCCGUACACUCCAGUAGAUGAGAACCUGGCAGCAGCCUCCCAGCGCUCCUCACAGGAAUCAGAUCUCUACCUCAUGAUCAAGGUUUACCCUGAUGGAGUGUUUACACAACACCUCAACAACAUGCACACUGGAGACCAUUUAUCUAUCAGUGGUCCAGAGGGUACCUUCACUGUCCGCCCCCUCCGUGAUGUCACACACCUCUACCUGUUAGCAGCAGGCACAGGAUUCACACCGAUGGCCCGCCUCAUCCAACUGGCCCAGGACUUCGACACCAUCAGAAAAACCAAGCUUCUCUUUUUUAACCGACGGGAGGAGGACAUCUUCUGGCGCCGUGAACUGGAUGAACUGGCUGCUAACAAUGAGAGGUUUCAGGUGGAGUACGUCCUCUCUGAUCCCUGUGAGAGCUGGUCUGGCAGGACGGGUCGAGUUGAUGAGUCCAUGCUUCAGGAUUUCCUCAACAGGCCCGAUGGCUCCAAAAGCUACGUGUGUGUGUGUGGCCCCUCUGCCUUCACAGAACUCACAAUAGGGUUGUUGAAGCAGCAGGGCUUCAGUGAAGCGGAGCUCCACGCCUUCUGCGGCUGAUGUGCUCCACCCUGCAAAGACUGUGUGUGUGCCUGUGAGGGAGAAAGAGAGAGAUUUAAUUUUAAUUUAUAAACUUGUGUUGAGAGAUCUAUGCACCAAGGAUGUGAUGAUGCUGACUGAAGUCAAACAGCACUGCCUGGGUUAUGUUCGCCUGUAAAGAAAACCUGUCUGAAGCAGUUCAUAGAUUUCAUUACAUGAGUGGAAACAUUGUAAAUAUCAUUGUAGUAAUAAAAGCAGGAGCACAGACAGAAAGAGAAAUGAAUGGGAUCAUGUAAAUUGGUGAUGUGCUGUAUAUGCAAAGAAAAUGAACAUGAGCCUGUUUGAGAUGCGGACACAGUUACAAACAUGCAGUUACAGUUAACACCACUGCAGUGCAAUAAAAAAAGUGACAUUUUGA